AUGCCUACAGCACAGCCCCGCGACGCCAGUCUACGAGACCGCAGCAACGGCCAGGAACCAAUAUGUGGUCCAGCUCCAUCAGAUCCGUUGAACGAGACCCACGCCACUCCGUCCUUCCGAUCGACCCAUGCCAUGCAGCCGGAUCCGUUCGCCUAUUACAGAGCUUUCCUAGAUACGAGCUCGUCGCAAAUGCAACCGCAAACGCAAGGCCAAGGGCGCGAUCGGCAUUACAUCGCACAAGAUCACGAUGAUUAUGCCUGCCACGAUAUUACCGGGACCGGAGAUAUGCAGCACGCCAUGGAAUAUCAGCAGCAGGCCAGAGCUCGAGGCGUUCCCUACAAUCUUGCCGUUCGGCUCGCAAAUCGCUCCAAUGGCGCGCCUCUAGCCACUAUUGUGGAGCAAGGUUCUUACUCGACGCUAAACUCACAUGGCUCCCUCCUCAGCGUGGGCCGCUUCCCUUCACUCCGUGUGGUGGAAAAUGCCUCGCCGACGCGCUCGUCACACAGAAUCUCAUACACACCAGAAGAACAUGUUCUCCAGCGCAUCACAGAAGAUGUGCAGCGAGGGCAUCUGUUGAAAGCACCAAGCAAUACACACGAUGUGCCCUUGUGCAAGGAUUACAGCAACUCGUUCCGGGCUGAUGAUGCCGCAAUCCCAUCCGCGUUUCCCAGUCUUAAGCCAUCGCAAUCUAUUACCCAUCGGAAUGGCAAGGCCGACUCCGACGCUAGUACCAGCAAUGUCAAAAGCUUCUUUCGUGGCGUUAUACACAAUGUUCGAGCUGCCUCGAGAACCCGGUCUAGGUCGUCCUCGACGCAGAUGUCGCUCGUUGAGAACCAUAGCGAUCGGCCGGGUGCGAGCGAGGAUAGCCUACAAAGUCAAUUGCAGGCAUCUGACAUGUCUCAACUGGGCGAUGACACAUUUGACACGCCAUAUCGUUUCCCUACUGCAUCCCAGGCCCUAAGCGCGACUAAAGCGUUAGCUUCAGAGAAUCAGGCCAGAAACGGGCAGUCAUCCAUGGCUGAUCCUAGUUUCUCAGCUCAUGCGAUAGUCCCCAAUUCUGACGUCGACCCGUAUACGCUCGAGUCGCAAACGGCAUUUGGAGCCGUGUCAAAGCUAUUACCACCGUCGGCUACAGUCCGCCCGCGUGAACGGUCCUCUUCUGUGCGUCUUGUGUACCCGGAAGCACGCGAUGGGGCGCACGAUGGCGGUAGCGCUAGAGUACCAACGCUGUCAAACGAGGCCAACAACACUAUCUCAGCUGGACACACAUUUUAUGGUGCAGGUAAGAACAACCAUUCACUCACAGAGCAUGACCACGCGACUGAGGCUAGUCACAAUGCGAGCUUCUGUAGUACCAUGUCCACUUCCUACUCGGGAACAGUAGUUGGUGUCGAUGUCGACCUUCAGCACGACUUCCCUCAUCCAGUGCGUCCCUCGCGUUCGCCCACACCUAUCGCGCCAGUAUGGUUCACUCCGCAGAUGGCCGAGCUAGAACGGCAAGCUUCACUCUCUGAGUCACCUCCGGAGCCGGAUCAAGUUGCUGAGGCAGAACCUACGCGUCGCUCAAUCACCUCAUCCGCAUUGACGUCUUUACUACCAAUAGCUGCAGCAUCGGGCAUCGUUCGCCCCAACUACGACACACCGAAGAUUUCAUUCUUCUCGCCGUCCGGCAAUCUUAUCCAGCCAGAGGGUAGUUCGACGCCAGGCACUACGAGCGCUUCGGACUUCAGCGGCUCACCCACUGCAACCACAUCGUACUACGAUAACAAAACCACACCUGCAACCUAUCGUGCGUUCCCGACAACGACAUGCCUGCCACCCCCAAGGCCCUCUUUGAGGCCAAUGACCACACCACCCACAUCCUCGGUUCCGCUCCCUAUGCACCUACGUUUCCAUCACAACUUCAAACGCCCUGAGCAGUCGCAGAUCGACUCUACGGUUGGCUCCAUAGACUCGUUCAUCUUGCCUGCACCAUCAGCUCGAUCAUUCGCCGAGGACCUCAAAUAUGAGGCGAGGUUCCACAGAGCCCGAUUGAUCACGGCCAUCAUCGCAAGUUGCACCUCGUCUGGAAAAGGAAGGGUCCUUCGCAAGCGAAAGGCUGCGAACCGUAGAGCCGCAGCAACCGCAUACGUUAGCAUGCCCCGAAGCUGCGCAGGUGAGGCUACAGCCAGACCUAGAAAGAAACGAGUACACCCCCGUCAACCCACAGCUCGGCGCGAAGUAGGGGUCCUCGGACCGCUUGCCGGGCACAUACUGCGGAUUUGCUUCUGCCAGCCAUACGACGGUGCAGGCAAGACGACAGCCAACGGCACUACCAACAAGACGUGCAUUGGCAAGAGCAGCAACCGCACAGCAAACACGCAGAGCGUAUCGAAGAAGGAAAGCCCUCGCUCCAACGCAAACGACGUCGACGUGGAUGCAGCCUUACCCAACGCGCGGGUCGUGACCGGAACCGAACGGAAGGUCAGCAAUACCGUACGCCAGCGCACCACGGUCCGCAAGGAGAAGAGGCACUCGUCCACCGGCUCGAAUCACCACUCCAGAACGCGCAGUGACAGUGCCGUCAGCGUGGGUGUGGCACCCAGCACCGCUACCGCGCGUGGCUAA